UAAAAUGAGGAGCUUUGAACAUAAACAUGAAGGUCUGACUGUUCAUCCUCCACAGCGGAUGAUGACGUCACGUCUCCCACAUGUUCACAUGUAUGCGUUCCUGUUUCCAUCAGGUGCGCUGAGCCCCCCCUCUCAUGGGGGGGUCACUGCUGAGGCGCACUUUGCGAAGGAGCGCGUAGACCGCGGAGGGGCGGGGCUUCAGAACACCUGCAUUCAGAGGCGCUCUCGUGGAUGGGGGGGACUUUGUGCGCUUUAACGAGCGGGACUCCUUCUCCUCUGGACUCGGACUGACGGGGGGGUUCCGGAUGGUUCCGUCCCGAAACUUCGCAGUGCUCCACAGUUGGCGGCUCCGCGCGGCAUGAUCGUCCCCAACGCGAGCCUGAGCUGCGCGCGCUGUGACGGGGACGCGGAGCAGGACGCGCCGGGCGCCGCCGCCGCUCCGUCCCUGAGCCCCACGGGGCACCUGGUGGUGGCGGUGUGCCUCGGCGCGAUCGGCACGUGCGGCUUCCUCAGCAACCUGCUGGUGCUCGCGCUGUUCUGCCGGUACCGGGCUCUGCGCACGCCCAUGAACCUGCUGCUGGUGAGCAUCUCCGUGAGCGACCUGCUGGUCAGCGUGCUCGGGACCCCGUUCAGCUUCGCGGCCAGCACGCAGGGGCGCUGGUUGAUCGGACGCGCCGGAUGCGUUUGGUACGGAUUCAUCAACGCGUGUCUGGGCAUCGUCUCGCUCAUUUCUCUGGCGGUUCUGUCCUACGAGCGCUACUCCACCAUGAUGACGCCCAACAUGGCUGACGGCAGGGACUUCCGGCCGGCGCUGGGCGGCAUCUGCUUCUCCUGGCUGUACUCGGUGGCCUGGACUGUGCCGCCGCUGCUGGGCUGGAGCCGCUAUGGGCCUGAGGGCCCCGGCACCACCUGCUCGGUGGACUGGAAGACGCAGACGCCCAACAACAUCUCCUACAUCAUCUGCCUGUUCACCUUCUGCCUGGUCCUGCCAUUCGGCGUCAUCGUGUACUCGUACGGAAAGAUGCUGCACGUCAUCAGACAGGUUCGCAGCAUGAGCUCGGUGGUGACGCGUCGCCGGGAGCAGCGGGUUCUGGUGAUGGUCGUCACCAUGGUGGCGUGCUACCUGGUCUGCUGGCUGCCUUACGGAGUUGCGGCUCUGCUCGCCACCUUUGGCCCUCGGGACCUUUUGACCCCGGAAGCGAGCAUCACGCCGUCGCUGCUGGCCAAGUUCUCCACCGUGGUCAACCCUCUCAUCUACAUCUUCAUGAACAAACAGUUCUACAGGUGUUUCUGGGCGUUCUUCUGCUGCUCCACCCCGGAGCAGGUCUCCACCCUCAGGACAUUUUCACGCGUCACUAAGACAAUCCGCACCUUCCGCCAGGAGAGGGAGCUACACGUUUCUGCCCCCGCUCCGUCCUCGGGCCUCCCCACGCCGAACUCCAUCCACCGGGGGGAGAACCACGUGGACCCUUCUUCAACCAAUCCGGCCAGCGCCGCCUCAGACACUCCCGCCCCCGACAGCCCCAAGCCCAAAGUGAUUCUGGUGGCCCAUUAUAAGGAAUGAGGAACUGAGCGGAGGAGCAGGUCUCCAAUUAGAACUAAUCCUCUUAAGGCAGGAAGCUGUUCAUGCAAAGUGCAGUCGGGGGGGUCAUCUCGGAGAAAGCUGCUGCUGAGGUCAGCAGGAGCAGCAUCUCAUCCUCUCCAUCAGAUGCUCUGUGUUCACAUCAGCGAUGAUACGAAGACCACGGCUGCAGUCUCUGCACUGAUGUGACACACUUCUGCCAUGACCGUGUACUCGCCAGAAUGAGACUUGACAUGCACAAGAGAGCAACUUUUGCAUCAAAGCUCGUUUAUUUCUGCCUGAAGUUUUGCAUUAAGGUCAUCCGUUUUUCUUUUGUCAUUUGGAGACGUUUAUUUUGGGUUUGUUGGGUUGACUGUAUAUGAAGAACUGGACUAGAAUUUGGUUCCAAAUGAAGUCAAUUCAGUCACUAUUUAUUAUGGACGACACCAUGUUGGAGUCAGCAAGCCGUGAUUGGUCCAAAUCAGAGUUCCUGUGGCAACCACUCCCUCCAAUCAGAAGUGAGUUUGUUGGAAAGCCACACCCUUUCCACUUAAUUGAAAGCGGGCUGCACGAAAUCUGUCAAAUGUUUCAAAAGUGGGGGCCAGCAGGCUCCACCUACUUUUAUCAAGGCAUCUGAUUGGUCAAUUUAAAACUAGAAUAACUUGAAAAAGUGUUAUUUAAUCAUAAAGUAGAUUUAAAAAAGAACGGUUAUUCUGACCAAUAGAAUGACUGAGUAACAGCUGUUUAUUUCUCCAUAGAGGUCUAUGGGAUUUUGGCCUUUUGGAGCCACUUCCUGUUUGGAACUCCAGGAAGGAGGAGUUACUCAGUCCAGUUCUCGUCUACAGUCAAUGGUUGAAACAGACGUUAUAGGAUGAUCAUGAUAAUGACUUCAUCUGUUGAAAAAGUGACAAUUCAUACUAAUAAAUAGUAGAGCUGA